AGCGCUUAUCAAAUGCUAUAUGGUAUAUUGAUCCACAUAUUAAAUUACUCCAAAAUCGUGCAUGUCAUAUGCCUUCUUUGUUUAAACAAUUAGCAAUGUAUAAAUCUGGGUCUACUUAUAAUACUUUUUACUUUACUUCACAUCAUAAAAAAGAAAAGCUUUCUCAACAAAAAUUACUUGAAUAUUGUAAAUUAUUAGAAUAUAGUGCAAGUGAAAUAUGGGCAAGUAAAAAAUGCUGGACUGAAAUUAUUUCUGAAGUAUUUAGUUUUACUACCAUGAUGCGAAAAUAUGUAGAGCAUUUGAAAAAGUCUGCUCAACUUAUCUAUAGUGCAUAUCAUUCUACUACAAUAGUUCGUACACCUAAUAAGUAUAGCAAAUUAACAAUAAUUACAAGAGUUUUAAAUAUUAACCCCAAAUAUAAAGCUUUAGAAAUGAUUCUUACUGAAAAAGAUUUAUAUGAGUUUAUUAAAAUUUCGGAAUUUCUUCCAUCAGAAAAUAUUAAGCAUCAUCAAUGGAUUGUAGAAUUAAAAUUAUCAUUUUUUAUUUGCUUAUAUAGGUAA